AUGUCCAUAGAUAUCAGUUGGGACAAGCUUAACGAGGACAAUGUGCUCAAUGAGUCCAUUAGAGACUUCCUUAAUGACCAGGUCCAAGGGUUACAAUUGCCCGACUAUUUGAUGAAUAUCAAAGUCACGAAUUUCUCAUUGGGCUCAAUAGCACCAGAAAUAACAAUUAGACAUAUUGGUGAUCCAUUUACAGAUUUUUAUAACGAUGAAAUGACAGGCUCUGAGAAAUUGUUUACAGAGAAUGGAAGUGAUAUUAAAAGUCCAAUGCCCAGUGAUAGUAUGAAUGAGAAUGAUGAUGGUAAUGAUGAUGUUUCUAAUGAUAUACAAUUUAUAGUGGAGGUUGAUUAUAAAGGAGAUAUAACAAUUGAGAUUAGUGUUGAUUUGUUAUUAAAUUAUCCAUCACCUGGGUUUAUAACAUUACCUGUCAAGCUAAGAGUUGUGGAUUUAGGUAUUCACUCACUAGCUGUUAUUGCACAUGUUAGUAAAGUUGUUUACCUAAGUUUUUUGUGUGAUAUAAAUGAUGAACAAUUUGAUGAUAUAAUAAACAAUCCAACAUUAUCUAAACACAAUAGAAAUAGAAUAGAUAUCAUAAGAAGUAUGCGUAUCGAAAGUGAGAUUGGUGAUAAUAAAGGUGAAGGUUCUGUUUUAAGAAAUGUUGGUAAAGUUGAGAAAUUCUUGACAGAUAUGAUUAGAACUUUAUUAAGAGAUGAGUUAGCAUGGCCUGGUUGGAUUAGUUUUGAUUUCAAUGAGGAUGAUGAUGAAGAGGAAGAGGAAGAUGGCUCUUCGGAACACCUUCAUAUGGAUCAAAAUAGCGAUAGGAAUUGA